GACGACGCCGACGUCAUCCGCAGGUAACGGCGACUCGCCGUCGAGAUCCCGGAUCGGGACGCCACAGACGUCAUACGCCAACCCGACAUCGACGACGUUCCGCCUACGCGUCGAUCUCGAAGCGGAACGUCGAUCCUGAUAACGCGAAAGUGGAAAAUCCUCUUCCUCGCGAUCAGUCUCUCGCUCGCAGCUACGAGCGUCCUCCUCUCGCUCCCGCCGCGUUCAGGGUCGCGUAAUCGCGUUGGUUUCCGCAUCGGACGUCGCGACUUUCCCGGCUUCUUUGGGUCCACCAAAGUGCUGCUCGCCUUUCGCGUCACUCGAGCCGAUCGCCGCGUUUGGCAAUCGCUGGGAACCAGGUUACAGACCAUAGAUCAAGUCGGCACGGACGCUUGGAAGACUACUUGGUGAUCGUGGACUGAGGAGGGUGGAGGUGAUCGCGGCAGAAGUGACGUACGUGCCACAGUGCGGCUACGCCGGGAACUGGAGUUAUCCUAGCACGUUUGACGUCGCUCUGAUAACGAAUGAUCGAGGAGGCACAAUGAACGGGACAGCAACGGUCACGGCCACCGAAGAUCAUCAGCACCAGCAUCAGCAGGCGCAGAAUGAAACGAAUUCGGAACAUCCGCGGAGCCCUACCAGCCCGCUGAGCGUCAGGCACGACUCCGGCGAGAGUAGCGUGAUCUCUCCGGGCUUGCCGGAGCGUUACAGCCCUUUGGGAGCGACUGGAUCCACAUCCAGCCACGACCCUUACGCCUCCCGUUCGGUCCAGGAAUGCCCGGUGCCACUUUGCAGAGGGAUGCCGACAGACUUCCCCCUCGCCCGAUCGCCGUACCUGACCGCGCUUGGGAACGGUCAUCCCCAUUUGCUGGGUCAGGUGCAGCAUCAGCAGCAGCAACAGCAGCAGCAACAGCAACCGCAGCAGCCGCAGCACGGUAGCAAGCCACCACGUAGCCUGGGACUGAUAUGCGUGGUCUGCGGGGAUACUAGCUCCGGCAAGCAUUACGGAAUACUCGCCUGCAACGGCUGCAGCGGCUUCUUCAAGCGGAGUGUUAGGCGAAAGUUGAUUUACAGAUGUCAAGCCGGUACUGGAAGAUGCGUCGUAGACAAGGCGCACCGAAAUCAGUGCCAAGCCUGCCGACUGAAGAAAUGCAUGCAGAUGGGAAUGAACAAAGAUGAUCGGCUGGAACGAAACAUCGAAGAUAAUUCUUACCGCAAAGGGUUAAUAAACAUCUUCAAAAAUCGCAACAUUGCAGCUGUCCAGAAUGAACGCCAGCCGAGAAACACUGCCACCAUUAGACCAGAAGCACUCGUCGAAAUGGACCAAGAACGGGCGUUACGCGAAGCCGCCGUCGCCGUGGGCGUUUUCGGACCACCAGUGUCUUUAGCUAUGGCGAGAUACACCACGCCAUUACCUCUGCCGACAGUCGCACCUACGACAAAUUCCACGAACAACACGACGCCACCUCGGCAGGAUAACGAAGACGGAAACGCAUCCGAAGACAGCAUAGACGUCACGAACGAGGAGCCGUUGACACCUCAACGAAGCGGAUGCGCGCAGCUCCCACCGGUGCUCCCGUCGUUAUAUUCACCCGCGAGUGCCGAAACGGUCUACGAAACAAGCGCGAGGUUGCUUUUCAUGGCGGUCAAAUGGGCGAAGAACCUUCCUUCCUUCGCUAGUCUACCAUUCAGAGACCAGGUAAUAUUAUUGGAAGAAGCCUGGUCGGAGCUGUUUCUCCUGAAUGCAGUUCAAUGGUGCCUGCCGCUCGAGUCGUCGCCUCUCUUCAGCGCCGCCGAGCUAACGGCUCUGACCCUCUCGCCUCAUUCGCAUCCGCACUCGGGGAUGCAUCUGCAAACUACCACGGGAAAGCCGAGCCAGGUGGCGGCGGAUGUCAGGCACUUGCACGACACCCUACAGAGAUACAAGGCGAUCAUGGUAGAUCCCGCGGAAUUCGCCUGCAUGAAGGCCAUUGUCCUCUUCCGCCCAGAAACUCGCGGCUUGAAGGACUCCAGCCAAAUCGAGAAUCUGCAGGAUCAGGCGCAAGUGAUGCUGGGACAACACGCGCGCGCUCAACAGCCAGCCAGCCCGGCCCGCUUCGGCAGACUGCUGCUGCUGUUGCCGUUGCUGCGUGCCGUUCCAGCGGCGAGAGUGGAACUGAUCUACUUCCACAGGACUAUUGGCAACACGCCGAUGGAGAAGGUUCUUUGCGACAUGUACAAAAACUAAAACCACCUCGGGCGGCCAAGGGCUUCGCUACGAAGUGGCGCGACGAAUAACGAUAACGCGGUCGAGCAAUGCUGGAUCUGAAGGGUCCUGGCAUCCAGACGAAAGUAGGAUUCGUGGGAGAUAGGAUCGGUCAUCGAAAGUGGUUGAAGCAAAAGCCGGUGGGAGAGAAGAAGAAAAGACAAGGGAGAAGAGGAGAGAGAAAAGGGAAGAUAGAGAAAGAGAGAGAGAGAGAAAAAGGUUCUCCUGAAUAGAAGGAUCAAGGAUAUUAAAGGGCUCGAGCUUCGUUCCGACACGACCAGGCCUAAGGACGAAGAAGUCCUAUGUCCCUUCGACAAAUUCGCGAGGACUCCGAUCGGCGAGUAUUCCUACUACCGUACAAACGCGAGGCACAGGCGGAAUGGCGUCGCUAACGAAUUCAACGGCAACUAAAGUCGACCGAGGGGCACUCAAUCGCGGCGUAAAUAUACACACACAUAGAUAUACAUGUAUUUAUUUAUUAUAGACAUAUUUAUCGGGCGUUAGGCCCGGCACACGUUGAUAGGACGUUUCCCGCUUUCUCGCCGACGAUCAGCGGAUCGACGCGAUGGGCGGAGGGACGUUUCGUUUUUUCCUCCUUUCUUUGUCUUUUGUACCUUGUUUUACGUUCGUCGUAAAGUUACCGAAUUAGAGAGGAAAGUGACGGAGGAGGGACAUCCCGUCGGGGAUGAGGGGGCGGAUUGUCCUUACGAGUGAAUUCGUAAAUUCGGUGAGCUCAAUUCGGACAGUAGUCGCGAUUAAAAUGUGUUUCUUUCUUUCGUCACCAACGGGCAACGCAACUCGGACAGAUAGAUAUGUGUGUACACACGGGCAGAUUCGUGCAUGCAGAAACGCAAUUGACAAACACCGCGGCGAUACUUGUCGCAUCGAGAUCAGGAUUAAGUCGCGCGUGAAAAUAACCGAGGCGAUAACGCGAGCACGUGAGACUCCAUCCGGCGUGUAAUAUCGACCGACAAAAGUAAUUCUGUUCACGAAGGUGCGGGGGUUGAUUUUCCGGCGCUGUAAAUGAACGCUCAUCCGCACUUUUUCUGUAUAUUUCGUGUUGUGAUACUAUUCGCUGUAAAAGUCUACGUACUCUCAGUCGGUGAUAUGUAUUGUAACGAAUACUUGUAAUAAAAGUAACUCUGAUUAA